UUAGCAACGUAUUUAUAUUGAUGUUUUAAUUUAUAAAGCCAACUUUGGUCCUUCCCCACACCCAGCAUGUGUUCUAAGAGGUGUGAAGGGUGCUGUAGAAGGAAAACACUCCCUGUCUGCAAGGUGCUUAUAAUCCCACUGGAAGGUAAGACCUAUAAGUGAAAGAGCUGGAGAAAUCCUGCAGUCAUCUUAGCAUGGUGUUCUGUAUAAGCUGAUGAUAGGAGGCUUCCUAAGAUUAAUAUGCAAACGAAACAGAGAAAGGAGCUACAAUAUCAUACAGUAGAUGAGCCAGAAACAACGGUCUCUUUCCAAAUGCAAGAAUAAGUAUCUAUCACCACUGGCACAGAACACGGAGACUGACAUUUCCCCUCCAGCCAAGCCAGGGGGUUGACCAUACCCAACAAGAUGCUAGCGCUCAACUUGUCAAGGAAUAAUGUCGUGGGUUUUUUUUUUAACAUGAAUCGAAUGGUCCAGUUGCUGAUUUUCUAUAAUAUCUUUACUUCCUCUGCCAGGCAGUGUCUUUGAUUUGGCUGCCAUCAAUAACCCACAGCCAUGAGUUCUGACGCUGAGAUGGCCAUUUCUGGGGAGGCUGCUCCUUACCUCCAAAUGCCUGAAAAGGAGCGCAUGGAGGCCCAUGACAGGCCUUUUGAUGCCAAGUCCUCAAUCUUCGUGGUAGACCCUAAGGAGUCCUUUGUGAAAGCAACCGUGCAGAGUAGAGAAGGAGGGAAGGUGACAGCCAAGACCGAAGCUGGAGCUACAAUAACUGUGAAAGAAGACCAAGUCUUCCCCAUGAACCCUCCCAAAUUUGACAAGAUCGAGGACAUGGUCAUGAUGACCCACCUGCUCGAGCCAGCAGUGCUGUACAACCUCAAAGAGCUUUACGCAGCCUGGAUGAUCUACACCUACUCAGGCCUCUUCUGUAUCACCGUCAACCCCUACAAGUGGCUGCCAGCGUACAACCCAGAGGUGGUGGCUGCCUACAGAGGCAAAAAACAGCAGGAGGCCCUGCCCCACAUCUUCUCCACCUCUGACAAUGCCUAUCAGUUCAUGCUGACUGAUCGAGAGAAUCAGUCUAUCUUAAUCACCGGAGAAUCCGGGGCUGGGAAGACUGUGAACACGAAGCGUGUCAUCCAGUCGUUUGCAACAAUUGCGGUCACGGGGGAGAAGAGGAAGGACGAAGCUACUACUGGCAAAACGCAGGGGACUCUGGAAGAUCAGAUCAUCAGCGCCAACCCCCUGCUGGAGGCCUCUGGCAACGCCAAGACCGUGAGGAAUGACAACUCCUCUCGCUCUGGUAAAUUCAUCAGGAUCGACUUCGGCACCACGGGGAGACUGGCUUCUGCUGAUGUUGAAACAUAUCUUCUGGAGAAGUCUAGAGUCACUUUCCAGCUAAAGGCAGAAAGAGGCUACCAUAUUUUUUAUCAGAUCAUGUCUAACAAGAAGCCAGAACUAGCUGAAAUGCUCCUGGUCACCACCAACCCAUACGACUACGCCUUCGUCAGGCAAGGGGAGAUCACAGUCCCUAGCACCGAUGACCGAGAAGAGCUGAUGGCCACUGACAGUGCCACUGACAUCCUGGGCUUCUCUUCUGAUGAAAAAGUGUCCAUCUACAAGCUCACGGGGGCAGUAAUGCAUUAUGGGAACUUGAAAUUUAAGCAAAAGCAGCGUGAGGAGCAAGCAGAGCCAGAUGGCACUGAAGUUGCUGACAAGGCUGCCUCUCUCCAGGGUCUGAACUCUGCUGACCUGCUCCAAGCCCUCUGCUACCCCAGGGUCAAGGUCGCCAAUGAGUAUGUCACCAAAGGCCAGACUGUGCAGCAGGUGUACAAUGCAGUGGGCGCCCUGGCCAAAGCCGUCUACGAGAAGAUGUUCCUGUGGAUGGUCACCCGCAUCAACCAGCAGCUGGACAGCAAGCAGCCCAGGCAGUACUUCAUCGGGGUCUUGGACAUCGCUGGCUUUGAGAUCUUCGACUUCAACAGCCUGGAGCAGCUGUGCAUCAACUUCACCAGCGAGAAACCGCAACAGUUGUUCAACCACCACAUGUUCGUGCUGGAGCAGGAGGAGUACAAGAAGGAGGGCAUCGAGUGGACGUUCAUCGACUUCGGGAUGGACCUGGCCGCCUGCGUUCAGCUCCUCGAGAAGCCACUGGGCAUCUUCUCCAUCCUGGAAGAGGAGUGCAUGUUCCCCAAGGCCACAGACACCUCCUUCGAGAACAAGUUGUAUGACCAGCACCUGGGCAAGUCUGCCAACUUCCAGAAGCCCAAGGAGGUUAAAGGCAGGGCUGAGGCCCACUUCUCCCUGGUGUACUACGCCAGCGUCGUGGACUACAACGUCAUGGGCCGGCUGGAGAAGAACAAGGACCCCCUGAACGAGACGGUGGUCGGGCUGUACCAGAAUUCCGCAGUGAAGGUUCUGGCUUUCCUUUUCUCCGAGGAAACAUCUGAAGCAGAGGGUGGCGGUGCAAAGAAAGGCGGCAAGAAGAAGGGUUCUUCUUUCCAGACCGUGUCAGCUGUCCUCAGGGAGAAUUUGAGUAAGCUGAUGACCAGCCUGAGCAGCACUCACCCCCACUUUGUACGGUGCAUCGUCUCCAAUGAAACCAAAACCCCUGGGGCCAUGGAUCAUGAUCUCGUCCUGCACCAGCUGAGGUGUAACAGUGUGCUGGAGGGCAUCCGCAUCUGUAGGAAGGGCUUCCCAAGCAGAAUCCUGUAUGCAGACUUCAAACAGAGAUAUAAGGUAUUAAAUGCAAGUGCAAUCCCUGAAGGACAAUUCACUGACAGCAAGAAGGCUUCUGAGAAGCUCCUCGGGUCCAUCGACAUUGACCACACCCAGUAUAAAUUUGGUCACACCAAGGUCUUUUUCAAAGCCGGCCUUCUGGGGCUCCUAGAGGAGAUGCGAGAUGACAAGCUGGCCCAGCUGAUUACUCGAACCCAGGCCAGGGGCAAAGGGUUCUUGGCAAGAGUGGAGUACCAGAAGAUGGUGGAGGGGAGAGAGUCCAUCUUCUGUAUCCAGUACAAUAUUCGAGUUUUCAUGAAUGUGAAAGACUGGCCCUGGAUGAAGCUGUAUUUCAAAAUCAAGCCCCUCCUCAAGAGUGCAGAGACAGGGAAGGAGACGGCCACCAUGAACAAAGGAUUUGAGAAGACCAAAGAAGAGGUGGCUAAGUCAGAGGCAAAAUGGAAAGAACUUGAAGGGAAAAUAGUAACUCUGAUGCAAGAGAAAAAUGAGCUGCAGCUCCAGGUUCAAUCUGAAGCAGCUAGCUUGGCUGAUGCAGAAGACAGAUGUGACCAGCUGAUCAAAACCAAAAUCCAGCUGGAGGCAAAGAUCAAGGAAGUGACCGAGAGAGCUGAGGAUGAGGAAGAGAUCAAUGCUGAGCUGACGGCCAAGAAGAGGAAACUGGAGGACGAAUGUUCAGAACUGAAGAAAGACAUAGAUGACCUUGAGCUGACACUGGCCAAGGUUGAGAAGGAGAAACAUGCCACAGAGAACAAGGUAGGAAACGUAACAAGGGAAGUUUACUUUUUUAUUAUUAUCAGGGAAUACAAGCGAAAAGCUGAAGCCAAGGCAGAAGAGGACAAAGUGAACACCCUGAACAAAGCUAAAGCCAAGCUAGAGCAGCAAGUGGAUGACCUCGAAGGAUAUCUGGAACAAGAAAAGAAACUGCGCAUGGUUCGAGCCAACAGGAAGCUGGAGGGUGACCUAAAAUUGGCCCAAGAAUCCACAAUGGAUAUAGAAAAUGAUAAGCAGCAACUUGAUGAAAAACUCCAAAUGAAAGAGUUUGAAAUGAGCAGUCUGCAAAGCAAGAUUGAAGAUGAACAAGCACUUGGCAUUCAACUGCAGAAGAAGAUCAAGGGGUUACAGGCCUGCAUCGAGGAGCUGGAGGAGGAGAUCGAGGCAGAGCGGGCCUCCCGCGCCAAAGCAGAGAAGCAGCGCUCGGACCUCUCCCGGGAGCUGGAGGAGAUCAGCGAGCGGCUGGAGGAGGCGGGGGGCGUCACAUCCACCCAGAUAGAGCUCAACAAGAAGCGGGAGGCCGAGUUCCUGAAGCUGCGCCGGGACCUGGAGGAGGCCACCCUGCAGCACGAGGCCACGGCGGCCGCGCUGAGGAAGAAGCACGCGGACAGCGUGGCCGAGCUGGGGGAGCAGAUCGACAGCCUGCAGAGGGUCAAGCAGAAGCUGGAGAAGGAGAAGAGCGAGCUGAAGACGGAGAUUGAUGACCUUGCUACCAAGCCAAGGUACAAUCAUGAUUUAAGUCUUAAAGAGAUUUCUGUAGGACAGGGAAACCCUGAAAAGAUGUGCCGCGCUCUAGAAGACCAAGUGAGUGAACUUAAGACGAAGGAGGAAGAGCAGCAGCGGCUGAUCAGUGACCUGACGGCUCAGAGGGCGCGUCUGCAGACGGAAGCGGGUGAAUACUCAGGCCAGCUAGAUGAAAAGGACUCAUUAGUUUCUCAGCUCUCGAGGGGCAAACAAGCAUUCACACAACAGACGGAAGAACUGAAAAGGCAGCUUGAAGAGGAGAUAAAGGCCAAGAGCGCCCCGGCCCACGCCCUGCAGUCCUCCCGCCACGACUGUGAGCUGCUGCGGGAACAGUACAAGGAGGAGCAGGAAGCCAAGGCCGAGCUGCAGAGGGCGCUGUCCAAGGCCAACAGCGAGGUGGUCCAGUGGAGGUCCAAGUAUGAGACGGACGCCAUCCAGCGCACGGAGGAGCUGGAGGAGGCCAAGUAUGAAGAAGCUGGCCAGCGUCUGAAAGAUGCCGAGGAACACGUAGAAGCUGUGAACGCCAAAUGCGCUUCCCUUGAGAAGACCAAGCAGUGGCUCCAGAAUGAGGUCGAGGACCUCAUGACUGAUGUGGAGAGGACAAAUGCCGCCUGUGCAGCCCUGGACAAAAAGCAAAGGAACUCGGAUAAGAUCCUAUCAGAAUGGAAACAGUAUGAAGAAACUCAUGAUGAACUUGAAGCUUCCCAGGAGUCCCGCGCCCUCAGCACAGAGCUGUUCAAGGUUAAGAAUGCUUAUGAGGAAUCCUUAGACCAACUUGAAACCUUGAAGUGGGAAAACAAGAAUUUGCAACAGGAGAUUUCUGACCUCAUUGAGCAGAUUGCAGAAGGAGGGAAACGUAUAAAUGAACUGGAGAAAAUAAAGAAACAAGUGGAACAAGAAAAGUCUGAAAUUCAGGCCGCUUUAGAAGAGGCAGAGGCAUCUCUUGAACGCGAGGAGGGAAAGAUCCUGCACAUCCAGCUGGAGUUGAACCAAGUCAAGUCUGAAGUUGACAGGAAAAUUGCUGAAAAGGAUGAGGAAAUUGACCAGCUGAAGAGGAGCCACAUUACAGUCGUGGAGUCUAUGCAGACCAUGCUGGAUGCUGAGAUCCAGAGCAGAAAUGAUGCCAUCAGGCUCAAGAAGAAGAUGGAGGGAGACCUCAAUGAAAUGGAAAUCCAGCUGAACCAUGCCAACCACAUGGCUGCUGAGGCCCUGAAGAACUACAGGAACACCCAAGCCAUCCUCAAGGAUACCCAGCUCCACCUGGAUGAUGCUCUCCGGGGCCAAGAGGACCUGAAGGAACAGCUGGCGAUCGUGGAGCGCAGAGCCAACCUGCUGCAGGCCGAGGUGGAGGAGCUGCGGGCCACCCUGGAGCAGACGGAGCGGAGCAGGAAGAUGGCAGAGCAGGAGCCCCUGGACGCCAGCGAGCGCGUCCAGCUCCUGCACACCCAGAACACCAGCCUGAUCAACACGAAAAAGAAGCUGGAGACAGACAUCUCCCAAAUCCAGGGAGGGAUGGAGGACAUUCUCCAGGAAGCUCGCAACGCAGAAGAGAAGGCCAAGAAGGCCAUCACUGACGCGGCCACGAUGGCGGAGGAGCUGAAGAAGGCGCAGGACACCAGCGCCCACCUGGAGCGGAUGAAGAAGAACCUGGAGCAGACGGUGAAGGACCUGCAGCACUGUCUGGACGAGGCUGAGCAGCUGGCCCUGAAGGCCGGGAGGAAGCAGAUCCAGAAGCUGGAGGCGUGGGUGAGGGAGCUUGAAAAUGAACAGAGGCGCAAAGUUGAGGCUGUCAAGGGUCUUCGGAAACAUGAGAGAAGAGUGAAGGAACUUACUUUCUAGGUGACCAGACCGGAGCGCAAGAAUGUCCUCAGGCUACAGGACUUGGUGAACAAAUUACAAACCAAAGUUAAAGCUUAUAAGAGACAAGCUGAAGAGGCUGAGGAACAAGCCAAUGUCAACCUUGCCAAAUUCCACAAGCUCCAGCACGAGCUGGAAGAGGCCAAGGAAAGGGCUGACACUGCCGAGUCCCAGGUCAACAAGCGGCGGGUGAAGAGCUGGGAGGUUCACACAAAAGUCAUAAGUGAAGAGUAAUUCAUUCAAAUGCUGAAAGGUGACCAAAGAAAUGCA